UUCUAUGGUAACAUACCCCCCCAUUAGCUGGAGCGAGUACUAGUUUUACUUUUAUUCUAACUUUAGGUUGAAUGCAGGAGAACAAACUGUUAUUGACACGGUGUGUUUCGAUAAUGAGCUAGCUAAGCAUGAAAUAGAAACCCUGAUUUGAGUCAUUUUUGCAAAUUCGGAAAAAUAUAUAUCAGAACUGGAAAAGUUCUUGCAUCCACCAGAGAAAGAUGAGGACCAUAACUUCCUCGGGUGGCAAAGUUGAGACUGUGACUGUGAGGAGAACAGAGUCAUCGGAUGCACAUGCGAUCAAUAGCCUGAUCGGUCCUGCCACAGUAGCAGUAUUUGGAAGAGUAAAUGUCAUUCAUCUACUAGAGAAGGCCAAUCUGGCAGUGACCCUGAGCAAUGCGAAGAAUGAGGUCUUGGCCCAUGCUGCCUUUUCUGAUCACCCAAUUGGAGACAUUGUGGAUCAAGCUUGUUGGGAACCAUUCCUGCAUGACAAUUACAGUGCUGAAAAAUACACGCCUCUGAACACACUUUUCCUGCACCUCUUCGUGGCACAGCCGAUCUUCUCCAUUGGGAGUGCCAAAGAGAUUGUAAGAACUGUGUUCAAUGCUAUCACAGAGCUGCAAUACAUCUGCUUGGUCACCCCAGCUAGUCGAUGUUUAGAGCGUGCACUGGAAAAGAUCUUUGAGCCCAUGAAGAGUCUGAAGGAUCCAGGGCCCCAGUGUUCAGCAUUUGUGUGCCACAGACACAGCUAUUGCCCAAGGCUGCAUGUCCGCCGAGCCAGGGUGGAGGAUCAUGAUGACCUCACACACAUCUUUGCGGAGCAGACAAAGGCCCUCACAGGAUCCUAUGGGACUUACUUUCUGGCUGAACUCAUUGAGGCUCAGGACGACGAAAAUCAUGCAGCUGUUUGUGAGAAUGAGGGAACUGCUGUGGGUUUCAUCAGUGUGAGUGGUGACAUCAACUUGAAGCUGCUCAAUGAAUGCUUUGAGCUUGGGCCCUUCAACGGUCUGUAUAAGCCCAGUCCAGAGGACCUGACUGAGACUGCCCCUGAGCCAGAGGGAGAGGGGACUUCAGGGGACACCAACACCAUCAGCCCACAGGGUAGCACUGGAAAGGUAUCAUCACAGGACGUGGACCAGACAAAGGAUUUUGAUCAAGGUGGCAUUACAGAAAUACCCAGUGAAGUAUCAGAGCCAGGGGACAGCCAGGCUUGUGUGGCAAAGCCUCAGGGUUCAGAAGUGACUCUGAAACCAAGAGUCUCAGUAACACCCAAUGCAUUCUGUAUUCAAUUAUUUGUCAUCUACAAGAAUUUUGAAAUGAGAUCAGUGGACUUCCUGCCCAAUAUAUUUAAACUUUUCCCUGACCGUGAUUUCUGCAUCAUCUCUGUGCCCAAGCUGGCCCCUGAGUUCCCCCUCCUCCAGAGCUUCCUCAGGGUAGUACCACACCACACCAGCAGCCUGCCCCAGGAGCUCUACAUCUUCCACCGCUCUGGCCUGCUCAAGACAUUUGUGGUGAGUCUGGCAGUGUCUGCAGACAGGCCUGCAGUCUGUGACAUGGUGAAGAGACUCAGCCUGCAUGAGAGCCUGCUGGAGGACCUGGACAUGUUCUACCAGGCCCAUAGAGACAAGGAUGGAACACCCUUGCAGGCAUUUGUAGCCCAAGUUCAGAACCAACUAGUCGGGAUUGUAAUUAUCAGAAAUGAGGAGGAUAUAGAUUACAUCCGAGCCAACUACAACAUUGAGAACUUCAUCUACUUCAGCCACCACCGCUAUGAGGAGCACGGCCAGCUGUGUCACUUUGCCCUCAACCCCAUCUUCCAGCACUACGCCAAACACUUCCUAAAGGAGGUCCUGCGGCUGGCCCACAAAUCCUGCCUCUACUACCCAAUCUACCCCUCCUACCACAACCAGAAGAACUCAUGUGCCCAUUACCUGACCUCUGUUCUUAACUGCAUGGUUCCGGUGCGCCCGCGACGCCAGAUUGUCUACCCUCUGGAGGAGCUGGGCAUCAACGCGCCAUCCAAGCAGAUCACUAAGGACCAGGUGUCGUAUGCUCUCAACCACAUCAACCGAAAGCUAACCAUGGAACCAAAAGUCACCAUCAAUGCCAGGAUCGUGGUAGUGGGGGCAUCAGACACUGGCUUAGCAUUUCUGGAGGUGCUUGCUUUCUGCCCACACCUGAGGUUCAAUAACAUGACUCUGAUCUCCACGCAUGGCUUCCCAGGCUACUACACCAAUGAAAAGAUGAGAUUCUUGUCCACGAGUCAUAGCUCCAGCGACAGGGACCAUGCCCAGAUGUCUCUGCGCUCCUGGAUCAACGUGGUGACAGGCAAGAUGGUGGGCAUCGACAGGGCAGCCAAGCACGUACUGGUGUCUGGGGGCAGGAAAGUGCCUUAUGAUCAUCUCAUCCUCUGUACAGGCCAGCAAUACCAGGUUUCCUGUCCCACUGGUGUGGACGGCAGCCAUCUUCCCCCCAAAAGCCAGCUCCCAGCCCAGCCCCGCCGUAGAUACACUGGGCCCAUCCCAUCCAACCUCUUCACCCUCAACGACCACCACGACUGUGUGACCGCUUACCAGUGGCUGCUCAACAACUUUGUGGAGCUGAAGGGUAAUGCCAUAGUGUAUGGCAACACCAUUGACGCGUACACCUGUGUGGAGACUCUGUUAUGCCUGGAUGUCCAAGGCUAUCGCAUCCACCUGGUCCAUCUGCCUACCACGGAGGGCUCCAGCUGCAGCCCCAGAUCGUGCUUCAGCAACCCCACAGUGGAGAAGGCCAUAAAGAAGGCCUUGGAGAAGAGUGGGGUCCAUGUUCACCACAACUGCUUGCUGGCCCAGAUGAAUGACGGACAGAACCCUGAGCCAAUCACCUCCUUGUCCUUCACCAGUGACAGUCAGCCUCUCCGGCUGGAGUGCUCUGUCUUUAUGAACCUCUCUUCCAAAGGUGUGGACUACGAUGCCUUUAAGACCAUCAACGACGCCUGUCUGGUGUACGACGGCCGACUGGUCAUAGACACCACAUUCCAUACGAACGACUCCACCAUCCGCGCAGCCGGGCCCCUCACCAAGUUUGCCCGGCGCUAUCUCGCAGACCAGUGGUCCCACUCCAGCUUCAACUCUAGGGAGGUAGGCCAGGAGCUGGCUGCUGCUCUGCUGCCCUUCUUCGACCCCACGCUGGAGCCGGCCGUCAAGUCUCCAGCCAACCUGGACCGCCUCAUCCCCAUCUACACACAAGCCAAGAUCCAAGGUGGUAGACUGCCAGGAGGAUACAGUUAUCUCCAUGCUACCAAACCAGAGCAAAGACCAUCUGCAGUUCACCCUGUAGAGGGAAGAGAGAUCCUGACUGGCCGCAUUGAGACUGGCAACUAUUUCCACCUGCACCUGAACCAGUAUGGCAUGGUGGAGACAAUCACCUGUCUGUCACUGAAGCCCUUGCCAGUCUCCAACUACCUGUGUCUCUAUGGGAAACAUGAGCUGCUGCUCAACCGCCUGUGUUCCCGUUAUGAUGAAGGGCUGGUUCACGACCUCUACAGUUAUUUCAGGGAGAAAUGGUGCCUGGCGAUAUAUCAUGAUCGCUUUGCAGACUUUGAGCAGGAAAUGCACCAGAUAAUGGAAUCAACUAAAGUGCAGGACCACAAUGAUGUGUCCAUUUCAGAGCUUGUUCAGAGAAUGGUAGAUGAGAAGCUGGACAUUAUUGAGGAACCGAACGUGUUUCUCAAGAAGGUGUUUGAAACAAGUGGGGGAUUGGCUUCCCUGAAGACCAGCACUCUGAAUUACCUGAGGUACAACAGGUACCACCUGACUAUGUAUGCCCAGCCUGGACUACUGUAACUGCUCCGACAUCUUAUUUUACCUCAACCCACAUUUUAAAUGACAUAUUCAUCACAAAUAAAUAUUCCAUUGUUUUUAUUGAAUUUAAACGUUGUAGAAUCAUCCAACUGUAGUAAAAACAUUGACAUUCAAUUGAGUUCAUUUGAACAGAAAAUACAGUAGCCAAUGUUUUUAAUAAAUGUACUUGUGAUUUUAGGUAGACAAGGAUAUUAGGCUAUGUACACACUUUUAGCAUGAACAAGAACACUAACUUGUAGUUCUCUUAAUUUUAUGAGAAGUUAAAGUUGACUGAUUUGAGAAAACAGAGAAAACAAAACAAUCCUCAUUAAGUGUUAUAAUAAAGUCACAACGAAUUGUCAAAUUCUGCUUUCUCACAUAACAGUUUUUGCUCAAAUUCGCAUUAAAAGGUCACUUGUAAUUGUAACUGCAAAUGUUAUUGGGAUGACUGAUACGACCUAGGCCUAGAUGAAAGUGGAUUUAGUGAGUGCGAGGAGGGGUUCUAUAUUCUACAGCUGUAUGGUAAUGAGGCUCAAAUCUUCACUGCCUCUCUUUGCGCAGCACACGCCAAUGAACAAAUAGCCGCACACGCGCCUCAAGGUAUGGGAUCGUUCAAGCGAUUAUCAAAUAGCUCGGUAAGAUAAACGUUAAUUGGUACAAUAUAUGAAUCUAUGAAAUGACAUGGCUCAAUGACACCCAAUGAAUUGUGUCAUCCCCUGGCUAUUGAAUAAUUAGCCAUUUUAAUGCAAACAAUUUCCCAGAGGAAGGCAAUUUAAAAAGUGUUUGAAAACAUGGUAUUCUAGCAUGACCUAUAGGCCUAUAUUAUAGGCUUAUACUGUAGGUCAUGUUAGAAUACCAUUUUUUCAAACACUUUUUAAAAAUUUUACGUACUGAAAAAGAUCUUAAAUUAUUAUUUGCAUCAUUGUUUGGGCCUUGGAUAAUUACUUUAAUUAAAAUAAUUUCACGUAGAAGAUUAGUUUGAGCAACUUUAUAGUUAUAUACAUGUAGAUGCCUAUUAAUAACCGGAUAGCCUAUGCCAUUCAAAUAUCAUAUUCGGUGAAAUUCUGUCAAAAGAAACAAAAAGACUUGGUCAGACAUCUGGCAUGUGGUUUAUCGCACAAAUUAUUAUGGAAUUAAAUCUUGACGCAUUAGCCAAACUAGACAAGUCUUCUCGUUCCUCGCCAUGGUGGUGGAUAGCCUUUAGGCUAUAUUUUAGAGAUGGGAUAUGACCCUAAAGGAAUUGGGUUUGGCUGUUUUUAACGGAGAGAUAAUCAGGGUAGGGCCCGUUUGGAGACGGUCGGCUUUGUUCAAACCACACUGAUCACGCACAGCACGCGCCGAAAGUAUCUAUUGGCCAGAUUGCUUUGUUGCACAUUUUACCGUGCAAUUUCCCUUUCAAUCACAAGCGGGAUACAGCUUGCAAAAGCGCUGCCAUUGUAAUGCAAAGCAGGGAACCCUGUUUCAUUAAUUAUGUAUGCGUAAAAUGACUGAUUCAUAUGUCCAGAGUUCAACUGUCGUAUCCAACACAUGUCGCUAUGGAUGCCUUGAAAUGUUUCUUUGUUGCUUUUUUUUCUUUCUCUCCAAUAUAAAUAUUUGCUUGUUUGGGGUUUUUAAAUGUGGUGUUUUAAAGGAAUAGGCUAUAGUUUAAACUUUGUAUUGGUUGAACAAUUUGUCGAUUUUCUUUAGCCUUGAAUAAAGCUUAAUAAUUAUGCAAUUGAAGCAGAUUAAAACAUGCAACUCAGCAAUGUGUGUGUGUGUGUGUGUAUCUGCACAGACGAUAAUAUUUUGGGUAGGCCAACUAAUAAAUAACACCAACCCCAA